AUGUUUCCCAAAAAUAACGACUACUGUCUCUACAACAACAGAAUCUUCAACUACUUCUUCAACGACACCUACUACUACAACACCUACUACUACACCUACAACAACAACUACGACACCUACUACAACUACUACAACACCUACUACGACUACCACGACACCUACUACAACUACUACGACGCCUACCACAACUACUACAACUACACCUACUACGACAACUACGACACCUACCACGACUACUACGACGCCCACUACAACUACUACGACACCCACUACAACUACUACAACGCCUACCACAACUACUACGACAACUACACCUACUACGACUACUACAACACCAACUACCACUACUACGACACCAACUACCACUACUACGACACCCACUACAACAACUACGACACCCACUACAACAACUACGACACCCACUACAACCACUACGACACCCACUACAACUACUACGACACCCACUACAACCACUACUAG